AGACUUUUGUUCCACACUCCAGUCCAGCAGGUGGUGGUAAAGCACCUAUUAGCUGGUUUGCCAACCGCCAAAAACGCUUAAGAAGAAGAGUGAAGACGUGACUGUUUGCAUAUGAGGUGAGCAGCUGCUGGGAUCCGGUUAGUCUGAUUUAAUGGCUAAAGUGGAGAUCGCCCCUUUGAGAAGCUGGGAUGAUUUCUAUCCAGGCUCAGAGCGCUUCGCCAGACCAGACACGCGAGAUCUGGCGAAAUGGAACAACAGAGUGGUCAGCAACCUCCUGUACUAUCAAACUAACUAUCUGGUACUGGCAAUCAUUGUAUUCCUGGUUGUAGGGUUCUUGAACCCUGUGAGCAUGUUCACGGGUGCAGCAGUGGUCGCUUCUGUCUUCAUUGGCUCUGUAUGGGCAGGGGAGAACAAGGCGGUCGUCAAAAAAUUCAAGAAGGAGAACCCUGCUUUGUUUGUAUUCCUGGUGAUGGUCGUGAGCUAUUUCCUCAUGUCGCUUUUUGGUGGAGUUAUGGUGCUCCUGCUUGGAAUCAAGCUGCCUCUUAUCUUGAUCUUUGUACAUGCAUCGCUUCGCCUACGGAACAUGAAAAACAAACUGGAGAAUAAGAUGGAGAGUGCUGGACUCAAGAAAUCACCCAUGGGAAUCAUACUUGAAGCACUGGGUCAACAAGAAGAGAACCUCAAUCAAAUUCAAGACUUUCUGGAGAGUAAACUCAAGGAGUGAACUCUUUCGACCGUGCCUUACUGAGCUUCUCACCAAUACAUGAAGGAACCGCUUUCCGCUGGCACAAUUUGUGAAAUUCACUCCGUUUCUUCCAACAUCUUUCAUUGGCAAAACAAAAAGUAUUUUUCUCAGUGUUUUUUCUAUAAUGGAAUGAAAAAAUUGUAUUGAAAAUAAGAGUGUUUUAUUAUGUUUGUUUACAUCUCAGGUCAAAUGUAAGAGGAUGCCAUUCAAAACGUCUUCCAAAGAUUUUUUUCUAUAACCUAUAGGGAAACGUGUCGUAUGUGCAUAUUUCAAGUGUUAGUAUUCUUCUCUCCCAAAAUGCAUUCAUUCAUAUAUUAAGACAAUUCAAAUUAUAAUAUGACGAGAUGUCAUCAGGUUUACGAUCUUCAAAUAUUCUGCAGUGCGAUAACUGUAAUUCUACAAAAGUCACUUUGUUUAACGGCAACUGGAAACUCCUGCGGUACUGAUAAUGAACUGUAUUACUUUGUAGAAUAGUUUACUUCUGUUUGUUGUUGAUGUGAACUGUUCAUUGAACAUUGAUGUCUUUUAUCACAUUGCUGGUGUAGCUGUGUUGUAAAAGCAAUAUGAGGGUUUUAGAUACUCAAUUCUUUGCAUCAUGCCUAAGAUCAUCCCUUUGAUUAAUGCACAGACUUUCAUGUCUUAUUGCUUUUUUUGUCACCUAUUAGUUUAAAUAACUCGAAAGUUGAAUUUCCUGUGGCGCUAUCAACCUUAUUUUGCAAUGUGGAAAUAAGCUUUAUUCUAUCAAUGUGCUAUUUUCGUUACAAACCAGUAUGUUUAUGAUUAUGAUAAAGUAAAAUAAUAUAAUAACAUACCAGUUUUCAGUAUCAAGUGGUAUAACAGACUGAUGGGUAAAAUAACUGGAGGUGAAUGGCACCGGAAGCCUCACACAUUCAAGUUACAAAUGCAUUUAUGUAAAAAAAUAAAAUAAGGUGGAUAUUCUUCAAUCUAUGCAAAAUGCGUUAAUAAAGUCACAUUUUUGUGUUUUA